CGCCGAGCCCUGGGUGGUGACUGCGCCGUCGGCGGGCCGCGGCCAGGCCGCGCGGCGAGGAGGGGCGGAGCGAACGGCGGGAGCGAGCGGCGGGAGCGCGCGCCGGGCCCGCCUCGGCCGCCGCCGCCGGGGGAUGAUCUGGGCGGCCGCGGGCGGCCCUGGCUAGCGGCCCCUGCCCGUGCUGCGGCCGGCCAGGGCAGCGAAGGUCGAGGGUCGUGGGUCGUCCUCCUCCCCGCCUCCGGGAGGGGCGAGAGGGAGCCGCGGCCGAUGUCAGAAAUACACUCUCGGGAAAUGGCCUCUAAAUCUUGGCUGAAUUUUUUAACUUUCCUCUGUGGAUCAGCAAUAGGAUUUUUUUUGUGUUCUCAACUAUUCAGUAUUUUAUUGGGAGAACAGGUUGACACCCAGCCGAAUAUGCUUCAUAAUGACCCUCAUGCUAGACAUUUAGAUGAUAAUGAGCCCAGCCACCUCAAGGGGCAAGUGAACUUCAAUGCAGACUCUAGCCAACAUAAAGAUGAGAACACGGACAUUGCUGAGAAGCUCUAUCAGAGAGUUAAAAUUCUUUGUUGGGUUAUGACAAGUCCUCAAAAUCUAGAGAAAAAGGCCAAACAUGUCAAAGCUACAUGGGCCCAGCGUUGUAAUAAAGUGUUAUUUAUGAGUUCAGAAGAAAAUCAAGACUUCCCCACUGUGGGACUGAAAACCAAAGAAGGCAGAGAGCAACUGUACUGGAAAACAAUCAAAGCUUUUCAGUACGUACAUGACCAUUAUUUAGAAGAUGCUGAUUGGUUUAUGAAAGCAGAUGAUGACACAUAUGUCAUCCUGGACAAUCUGAGAUGGCUUCUGUCAAAGUAUAACCCUGAACAACCCAUUUACUUUGGGAGAAGGUUUAAGCCCUAUGUGAAGCAGGGUUACAUGAGUGGAGGGGCAGGAUAUGUACUAAGCAAAGAAGCCUUGAGAAGAUUUGUUGAUGCAUUUAAAACAGAAAAAUGUACACAUAGUUCCUCCAUCGAAGACUUAGCACUAGGAAGGUGCAUGGAAAUUAUAAAUGUAGAAGCUGGAGAUUCCAGAGAUACCACUGGGAAAGAAACUUUCCACCCAUUUGUACCAGAACACCACUUAAUUAAAGGUUAUCUACCAAAAACAUUUUGGUACUGGAAUUACAACUAUUAUCCUCCUGUAGAGGGUCCUGGUUGCUGUUCUGAUAUUGCAGUUUCUUUUCACUACGUUGAUUCCACAACUAUGUAUGAAUUAGAAUACCUCGUUUAUCAUCUUCGUCCAUAUGGUUAUUUAUAUAGAUAUCAACCUGCCUUACCUGAGGAUAUACUAAAAGAAAUUAAUCAAGCAAACAAAAACGAAGAUUCAAAAGUAAAAUUAGGCAACCCUUGAAAGCAGAACGGGAGUGAACUGAGGUUGAAUGGUCUCAUUGCACUGCAGGACUCCUGCCUUUCUGACAGAAUCCUGAAAUACCAGGGAGGAACUCAUCUGCAGUGAACAUUCCAUAUAGAAAUUUUUCCAGUGGAUGACUAUAAUCUGAAGCAUUUAAAGAGCUGUGAAGUCUGUUAAAAUGUGUUUUGAUACAGUAAUAUAUAACUCUCUGUAUAUGAAGAAUUUGUGUUUUUAAAAUGGUGAAAGAGAGAAGAGCUGGAAAGACUCUGUCCCUGUUCCUGACAGCGUGUGUUAUCAUUAACGCUGAAGUGGUUCAGCUUGAACCACCUGCUGCAUUGCACUGUUAGAACACAAUGCUGAACAGAUCUGCCUUAAAACUAGAAAGAAAUAACUGUUGCUCAGUAUACACCUUGCUCACGUGUAUAUGAUACAAACCAGCCUCCCAAUUAUCGAAUGAGAAAUUUUCUGUGAUUAUAUUACUUAUAAUUGGCAGUGUUUCCUCAAGAAGAAGUAGAAUAAGAAUGACACUUACCCAGAAGUUCACUAAUAAACCACAUUUUCUGAUUAUUAUGGGCCUUGACUACAUUAUGUGCUUAGUUCUAUAUAUAAUCAACCUUGUACCAAGUCCCCAUUGACUCCUUCCUAAAUGUUUAACUCUUGAAUACCAUUCUCACUAUUAAUGCUUAUUUACUUGAAGCAUUCUAUAAAACGGGCAUUUAAAAAUAUUCUGUUUCCAAAUUCACCCAUUACUAAUUGUGGGUAACUUAAUUGAAUUUAAUGCUAUUUGGACAAGCUUUUCUUGUAUUGGUACCACUCUCGCGAAUUAUUCAUGACAUUGCAAAUUGAUUAUUUCAAAGUCUUUCCAACUACAUAAUUAUUGUUCCUUUUAUUUUCAUCCUGUGGAGAUGAAAUUUGUUGUGCCUUUCAUAACUUGCUUAAAGCACUUUUAAAAUUAAUUUUUAUGUCUGAUGUGCCUGGUAACACUGGCAAAAAUUUUUGUAUGUGGCUUUUGGCCAGAGUUAAUUCAAAACAUUAGCAAAUAAAGAACAUUUAGACAAGCUAACAUAUCAUACACUUUAUUUAUAAAUAACUAUUUCAUGCUGAAUUCUUAUUUGGAGAUAAUUGUCUUGCCAGUAUAAGUCUAAGAACAGAGUCCCAUUCAGAACUGCUAUCAGAAUAAUCUGUAUCAUUCCAACUCCAGUUGCUGCUGAGUCUCUGAGAGGGUAGAAAAACUUCUGAGUGUAGAGCAGAAUAUUUUACAGAUUUUUCCAUAAAAUUAUUUUUAAUUGUAAAAGAUUUACAUUUUAUUAUGCUAAUUUUGCAUGGUUAUUACACCAUUGAUUAUAGUUGAGCUAAAUAAUAAAUAUAAGUAAUUUAUAUUUAUUGUGUCAAAACCAUAACCUCUAUAGAUGAUAUAUUUGAAGAGGUAUUUAUUUCAUUGACUAGUUAUGGAUCACUCUGUCCUAAUUUGGUUUGGGUUGUUCUCAUGGUAGUGUCAUCUUCUGAUACCCUAGGCUUUCUAGUUUAUUCCUUUAACAGCUCUUUACCAUGUGUUCCAUUUAUGUUACUCUUCUUUAUUGGCAGAGUAAAUGCUUUCUUCAAAAACCUUAACCUUUAUUCAUAUGAAUGCUGCAGUGAAUUCUGGGCUACAAAGCCAAGCAGCCUGGCUUUUAAGUUCCUCCUCCAUCACAUGUAACCUUGAACAAUUUACUUAUUCUGUGCCUCAGUUUCCCCAUCUAUAAAUUAGGGACAAGGAUGCUACCUACCUCACAAGAUAUUAAUGAGUAUAUAAAUGACUGGGCAUAAGGUUAUGAGAACAUUGUCUCAGGAUAGGACAUGGUCUUAAGCAUUUACCUUGGAGUGUAAAUAAUUGAUUCAGAUAAAUGAAAUGAUCAAAUUAUAUCUCAAAGAAAUACUUUGUGCAUUUCUUACAAUAAGUAAUAUGUAUUAUUCAUCUAGUGCUUGCUCUAUGUCAGGUACUGAUCUUAUUCAGUACAAUUGUGUUAAUCUUAAAAAAUUGAGUGUUAUUCCUAUAUUUAGAUGGGGAAACUGAGGCUCAAAGAAUUCAAAUAAUGUUUCCACUGUCACAAUGCUAGUAAGUAAGAAGGCUGGGAUUUGUAAUCCAAACCUGUAUGUUGUUUGUAUUAUGUCAGCUCUAGGGUUAGUCAUGUGGAUGGGUGGGUGGAUGGAUGGAUGGAUUAAUGAGUUAUGUAUACACAUGCACACAGACAUGCAUAACAUCUGGUACUUUUCUCCAGUAAUAGUCUAAGUGGUCAAACAGCUAAAUUGGUAUGGUGAUUCUUAAAUUGUGAUCCUCACAGCCUUACCUGGAGUUUGAGAUGAAGAUCUUAAGUGUUGAUUUUUUGCAUGAGGCCCUGGAGUAUUCAUAACCAGAUGCCUUCUAGUGAGAAUUACUAAAUUAGCACUCCUGGCAGCUUGGUGGAGUUUGUAGCCCCUGUUCACCCCACCUAGAUCGCCUAAGUCAAAAACUCCAAGAUAGAGGCUAGCUGUUUGGUUUAAAGAGGUCCUGGAGGUUGGUUUUUCUAAUACUAUGUUGAGAACUAUUGCCUGUUUACCUACGUGAUUUUGGUGCAAAUAGUCUUUGGAACAAACACACUCAGGAUUUCUGCCCAGGAGAGAGGCAUUUUUCAAAGACUAAAACAUGUUUUAAAUCAGUAUAGUCCUAGAACAUACCAUAUUAAAAGUAAAAUGCUAUGGAGUUUAAAGGGUCAAUGCAUCAUUGGAUUGGGCAAAAUUCUUUACUUCCCUAUAGUGACUAUUACCAUGAUCCUCAAAAUCUAUAAUUCUCCAAGUUUAGUCAUUCCACACAGAGCAGAACGGGUUCAAUAAGUGUUAAUAUGUAUAUAUGGAUUCAUUAAAACAUAUAAAUUAAUAUCAUGAAAAAUGUCCACUAGCUGCUAAAAUUUUCCAGUAGAAAUAGGAAAAUGCUACUUCAUAAUAUGCCAAGUAUUUUCUGCUAGUUUAUGCCAUCAGCUUAAGUUUUAUCAUUUUCAACCAUCAUUUGCCUAUACGAUGAUCUAAUGAAGCUAAAUCUUUCUUCUAAGUGUAUGUAUGAUAAAGCACAUUAAACAAGAUUUUUAUGGUGAUAAUGAUUUAUUUGCCAUCUUUUAGAUUAAGAUCUGCCUUGUGAAUAAUUGAUUGUAGUGUGGUUUCAAGGCAUAAGAUUUAAUAAAGUCUUAUGUUCUCUAUUAAUAAUAUGCUUAUGAUUUUCUAGUGGGAAAUUCAUAGAUACAAAGCUGGGUUUUUUGUUUUUUUUUUUUGACCCAGGGUUUUACUAUUUGAACAUUUGAACAUAUCUAAAUUUCAGAGAUCAACUUGUUACUAUAAAGGAUGACAAAAUAAAUCAUACUGUGUUUUGAAUGUGGUAAUUGGGUUUGAGCAUUGAGUUGCUAACUACUUAUUUUUAUAGUUAUUUCUUGAGUUUGAACUUUUUACCCUCUUAGCCUGUCAAACUAUAUUGCUAGAUCGAGGCCCUGUUACACUUGAAAGACAUCACUUGGUUUGUCAGCUCCUACCUAGCUGCGUACUUGCUCUUUGAAUUGGUGAGGUCAUUAUUCUGUCUUGGUAUUUCCUUUGUACUUACCCUCCACUUUCUAGCUCCUUACAGUGCUGUCUCCUUGUGGAUUUGGGUGAUGAGAGUGUGUCUAUCAUUUGUGAUGGUUUUAUGCCUACUACAUUUAGCUUUCCCUUGAGACUAAAAGUACAACAGUAGUAUUUGCUGACUCUCAGGCUACAUACCCUAACUGAACAUGUAAACCUAAAACAAUUUUACAUCAAUAAUUAAAGGAAGUAAAGUUAUAUACCCUCAUUUCUCAUUUUGUAUUAGGCCGGAGGGAAACAUACUUGGGAAAUCUGGUAGACAAGCUGUGGUCUAUUUCACACUAAUGUACCUCUAUUGACUAAAGAUGACUUACGGUUAUGUAUCAGAGCUGUAUUGAAAUGAGGACGUCAUACAGAUCCUCUCCAGAGAAGCAACUUAAAAGCAGCGUUUGAGUUGAGUGGACUCAGUUCACUCCUCACCUCCUAAGUUUUUCAGGUACAGGAGUUACAUCGGAGUGACUUUGCAGGGGCAGGGCGCUAUAACGGGAUGAUCUACAGGAAAUAUAUCAGAGGGGAACUAACCUCACUGCUAAGCAGUGUGUUGUAUUAUACAGUGAAUGUUUGUGUUUGGGAAUUUCAAAAUUAUUUAAAGUAAUAGUGUCAAUGAAGGGUUUAACUGGUGACUUGCUUAUUUUAAGUGAUCACCCCUAAGUCAGAAAUAAUGUAUUUUUAAAUGUUUUUUAAAGUGCCUUUUGAAAAUUUUUAAACAAUGGAUUCAAACAAAAUAAAUGACCAUGUUCAAAAUUG